AUGGCCCCCAAGCGGCCUCGAGACGGCGACGACGCCCAUGAAACCAAGUCCUCCGAACCCCCAGCGAAAAAGCAAAAGAAGAAGGGCUUCCAAGUUGGCCCCGCCAAUCUGCCGGAUGGCACCUAUCGUCGGAAAGUCCAAAAAAUCAAGAGAGACCUGAUCCACAAAGCCAAAGUCAAAAAGGUCUACGCGAAGAUCAAGGCCCAGGAGCUGGCAAACGCCCCGGCCAGACCCAGCUAUUACUCCUACGUUGAGCAAAAUUCAGACAGCAAAGAGAAUAACGACAGCAGCAGUAAUAACGACAAUCAUCAUGAGGAGAAGGAGCCUGCCAGCAUGGAAAUGCAUCCCGAGCGACAAGCGAUGCUGAAUACGCUAUCCCAAGAACCCAGACAAAAAGCUACGAAGGACAAUCCCAAUGAUAACAAUAACAAUAGUAAUAAUGACCAGGGACGGGAACGUCGCAAACGACGUCAGAAACCAUCCGCGUUCGCCAAGGAGAUGGCGAUCGCCGAGAAGAAAAGGCAGGAACGCGAAGCUCGUCGCAAGGAGAAGGAAUUGAAGGCCAAGGAGCGCGAGGCCAUGGCCCGGGCCAAAAGACCGGAUCGAUUUGGGAGGAAGCACCUGAGCCGGGAGAGCAAGGUGCUCCUUAGCAAGGUGCAGCGUAUGGUUGGUCAAGCAUAG